AAUCGUUUAAAAGCGGUUUUUCAAAACAAAGCGUCCGAACGAAACGAUUCACUGAAAUGAAUCGGACUUUCCAGCGAGUUUACCAUCGCACAAAUAUUACGUAACGGCGGCGGCUAUAUGCUAAUGCUAAAUGUUGCAGUGUGUCGGAGAGAUGGCGGCACUCCUGCAACAAGCGCUGGAGAGAACAGAGAUAAACAAACUGCCCAAAACCCUUCAGAACAAACUCGAGAAGGUUCUGUCAGACCAGCAGACAGAAAUAGACUCACUAAAAUCACACCAUGAGAAACAUAAAGCAGACUGCGAACAACAGUACUUCAAUCUUGAGAAGAAACUGGCUGAGAGUCAGGAGCAGUUCUUGUCCCAAAGUAAAGAGUAUCAUAGCAUCAAGGAGGAGAAUGGCCGUCUCUCUGAGGAACUUAAGAAGUUAAAGGAUAUAGAGGAAGAGCAGGGGAAAACUCAGGAGAGUAAGCCGCCAAGAGCCAAAUAUGAAAUUGAGGCAGAAAACAGAGAGCUUUCACGUUUGCUUGAGAAGAGAUCUCAAGAAGUGGAAAAUCUCAGUGAGGAUCUCAAACAUCUCAAUGACAAACUUGUGGAGACCAAUACAAUCAAGAUGGAGCUCCAGCUUAAACUGGAUGAACUCCAGUCUUCUAAGGUUUCCAUUGAGUGUCGUGAGAAGAGGAUGGAGCAGGAGAAGGAGCUCCUCCAGAACCAGAACACAUGGCUGAAUACAGAGCUGAAGAGCAAGACAGAUGAGCUGUUCACUCUGUCCAGGGAGAAGGGCAAAGAAAUCCUAGAGCUCAGGUGCUCUUUAGAGAGCAAGAAGGAAGAGGUGACCAGGCUUCAGGACCAAGUCAACACACUGAAGAAAAACAAUGACAGUAUGCAGAAGAGUACUGAGGAUCUGAUGAACAAAUUAAAAGAGGCUAAAGACCAGUUGACUUCCAUGGAGGAAAGAUAUCGCAAUGAGCUAAAUGCCAACCUCAAACUCUGUAACUUGUACAAGGGUGCAGCAUCAGAUGCUGAAGCCAAGAAUGGUGAACUGAACAGAGCUGUAGAAGAACUCAACAAACUGUUGAAAGACGCAGUAGAAGCCAAUAAAGACACACAGAAGAAGCUCUCAGAGCUGGUGGGUAUGAGGGAGAAAGCAGAGUCUGAGCUACACGAGAAGGUCAGGAAUCUAGAGAAAGAGCUGGAGAACGCCGACACUCGACUUGCCGAUUUUAAAAGGAGAGGUGUUCCAGCUUUCACUGAAGAGGAACUGACAAGCAUGUCCCCAACUGCCGCUGCAGUGGCCAAGAUUGUAAAGCCUGGCAUGAAGCUUAUGGAGCUGUAUAAUGCCUUUGUGGAGGCGCAAGAUCAGCUGCACCUAGAAAAGCUGGAGAACAAGCGUGUUAACAAGGUGCUGGAUGAGAUCGUACUGGAGGUGGAGACCAAGGCUCCCAUCCUGAAACGCCAGAGAGAGGAGUAUGAGAAAAUGCAGAAGUCCAUGAACAGCCUCUGUUCCAAACUGGAGCAGGCCAUGAAGGAGGUCCAUCGGCUGCAGAAGGAGACAGAUGAAGCCAAUAAGAGAGCUUUAGAACUAGAAAGAGAUAAGCAGAGAUCACAGAGGCAGCUAGCAGACAUGUCUGAACAGGUUUGUGUGCUGUUGGUGGAGGUGGAGGAGGCUCGUGGUAAUCAGGUGGUGCGUGAAGAUGUGAGCUCGGCGGUCAGCAGCAGCUCUGAGGUGCAGGGAUUACGGCAGGUGGCCUUCCGCACCGUCCAAGAGCUCCAGCAGCAGAACCAGAAUCUUCUAUCCCAGAUCAGAGACCUAGAGGAGCAGACAGAGCGAGAUCAGAAUCAGGCCAAGACUUCCAGGCAAACUGAGCUGGAACAGAAUAUAGAGAAGGUUCAAAAGGAGCUGGAGCAGUUUAAGGAACAGAGGAACCACCAGAAACAACUUGCCGACUCUGCAAUCCGCCAAAGAGACAUGUACCGCAUCCUGCUGCAGACAGCCGGAGUUGAGCUUCCUCCACAGGGUUCAGAGUGUGCUGGAUCUCAGUCAUCUACUACCAGCAGGCCAGCACCAAUGCCCACCAGAUAUCCACUUAGGGCUGCAGCCGCAGAAUCUGUCCAGGCUACACAGGCUAAAGCAGCACUUAAACAGCUCAAUGACACCUUUACAACAUAUAAAAAAGAGAAAGCAGAAAACGACAAGCUUCUGAACGAACAGAUUGAGAGGCUUCGCAGUCAAGUGUCUCACCUGCUCUCACAAAAGGCCAAACUUUCCUCUCAGCUGGAGUUCGCCUGCAAACGUUAUGAGAUGCUUCAGGAGAAUGUGAAUGCCUACCGGCGAGAGAUUGAAGCCCUGCGUGAGAAGAGUCAGAAGAUGACUGCCACACAUCAGAGACACGAGCAGAUCAUUCACACAAUAACUCAAGACCUGAGGGAGGCCAAUGAGAAACUAGCCAUGGCUGAGAUGCGCGUUGAGAACAUCAGUAAGGAACGAGACAUUUUGAAGCAGGUGGAGAACAGAUUGGCACAGGAGAAAGAGUCCAUUCUGACAGAGCAGCGGGGGCAGAACCUCCUGCUCACCAACCUAAAAUCCAUUCAGCUUACUAUGGAGCGCUCUGAGACAGAGACCAAGCAGCGCUGCAAUAAUCAGAUCCAGCGGCUGGAGAAGGAGAUCAUCCAGUUAAAGAAGAAACUGGAACAGGAGGUGGAACAUAGACACACGAUUGAGCGCAACCAAGACACUAAGCUGCUGGAGGCUAAGAAGCAGUUGGAGACACAGACGGUACUAUAUCAGAAGACUAAGGAGCUGCUAAGAUCUGCUGAACAGCAGGUCACCUCCCUGAGACCGCAACUGAACAACAAUGACAACCAGAACAUAACACCUAAACAACCUGUCAGGACAGUACCUAGAGCUCCUGGCGUACCUCAGCAGGAGGUUGAUGAGCUCCGUACACGUCUACAGCAGGCUGAAGAACAGAACUCUGACCUGAAGGAGCGUCUGAAAAACACUACUACCAAUGUAGAGCAGUACAGAUCUAUGGUGCUUAGCUUGGAGGAGUCAGUAAACAAAGAGAAGCAGUUGGCUGAGCAGACACGCUCUUCAACUGACAAUCAGCUGAAGGCGGUGCAGCUGCUGAACCAGCAGCUGGAGGCCAGACUGGCAGAAGCAGAGAAGGAAAAGCUGGAUCUCCAGGAGGAGAAGAUGAAAGCUGUAGAGAGUGUUGAAGAACGUGUGAAGGAACUAAAGAGGAGUGUGAUGGACAUGCAGACGGAGCUGCAGGAAGCCCUACAGAGAGCUGCAGCAGCGGUGACCCAAGAGCAAAUAGCCACACAGGAUAGCAAACUACAGGUUAAGCUGGCAGCAGAGGCUCAAAAUAAGUAUGAGCGAGAGCUCAUGCUGCACGCUGCAGAUGUGGAAGCCCUCCAGGCUGCCAAGAAGCAGGGACAGCUGUCAGCACAGAACCGAAAGCAGCUGGAGGAGAAGGCUCAGAAGGCAGAGACGGAGCUGCGUCAGAUCCGCACUAAAUGGGAGCAGCAGGAAAAGAGAAUGAAGGAGGAUUUGUCUAAAGAGCAGAAGAGAGCUGAGGAGCUGCAGAAACAGAACAGCAUGCUUCAUGAGCAGAUGGAGAACCUGAACAGCAAGAUGACCACCUCUGUUCAACAGCAGGCAGACAGAGAGUGCAGUCUGAACAUCUCUCUGAAUGAGGAGGGCAAGUCUCAUGAUCAGAUCCUGGAGAUUCUCAGGUUUGUUCGUCGGGAGAAGGAGAUAGCUGAGACUCGGCUGGAGGUGAUGCAGGUGGAGACCUUGCGCUAUAAACAGCGCAUGGAGUACCUGGAGAGAGAGAUGAAGGAACUACAGGACAGCCUUACUGCAGAGAGAGAAAAACUACAGGUGACGGCAAAGACCAUGGCACAGCAGGAAGACAUGAUAAAGCGAAUGGAGAGUAUGAGUGCUCUUACUGAGACCAACAAGAUGCUAAAGAAUGAGAAGAACAGACUGGAGCAUGAACUACAGCAGACUCGGGCCAAGAUACGUAAGCUGGAAGCAGACAUCAAACCCCUGCAGGACUCCAACUCUGAGCUGAGUGAGAAGAGUGGCAUGUUACAGGCUGAGAAGAGACUCCUGGAGGAGGACGUCAAGCGCAUGAAGACACGCACACAGCAACUUCUAAGCCAACAGAAGGACAGCGAUCAGGAGGAAAGUAAGAAGCUGCAUUCUGAGAGGGAGGCCCAUCUCAAACGCAUUCAACAGCUCACAGAGGAGACCAGCAAACUGAAGAAUGAGGUGGCCAGGAGUCAAGCGUCUAUCAGCACAGCUCAGAGCCAGGUACAGAACCAGCAAGACAACCUAGGGAAGAUCACCACUGAAAGAGACAAUCUGAAGAAGGAGCUGGAGGCCAAGACUCUGGACAUCCAGGAGAAACUCAAAACCAUCACGCAGGUCAAGAAGAUCGGACGUCGCUACAAAACCCAAUAUGAAGAGCUCAAAGAACAGCAUGACAAGAUGGUGGCAGAGACUGCUGCUAAACCAGCACAGCAGGAAGAGCAUCAGGCAACAGUGCAGGAGAUUGAGAACCUGAAGAGCUCCUUGAGUCAGGCACAGAGCAGAACCUCAGAGCUGGAAUCCCAGCUGGACAGCAAGCAGAAGACAGUGCAGGAGCUUGAAGCGGAGGUGAAGAGCCAGCAGGAGCAGCUUGCUCAGGUGCAGCCGGAGCUCACCCGCAUGAGAGCUGAGCUGCAGGACAAGAGUAAACUGGAAGAACAGCUCCGACAGCAGAUUGCUGAUAAAGAGGAGAAGACCAAGAAAGCCAUCAUAGGUGCCAAGCAGAAGAUCAACCAGCUCAACAGUGCAAAGGAAAGGCUGUCAAAGGAGAAUGAGGAACAGAAGCUGCAGAGGGAGGAGCUGGAGGUGAGGGUGAGUGCGCUCAAGUCUCAGUAUGAAGGCCGCUUGAGCCGACAAGAGAGAGAGCUGAGGGAACUCCGUGAGCAGCAGGAAAGACAUGGAGACCAGAGAGAUGAAGCUCAGGAGCCUGGCCAAAGCAAGGUUCAGGAUGCUCCUAGGUCUUCGGAGGCCCGACAGAUCACUCUGAAACCCACACCUGCUGCUGACAGAGGAAGUGCCAGCACAUCGGAACCCCCGACGGCUAACAUCAAGCCCACACAAGUCACUGGUGCCCCCAGUAAGCCUUCAAUUGCAGGGAGCAAGUCUACCCCUAGAGCAAGUAUCCGGCCAAUGAUAACACCUGCUCCAGUGACCACUCCCACAGCCACAGUCAUGCCCACCACACAAGUGGAAACACAAGAAGCUCUUCAGUCCACUGAGAGUCAGAUGGAGCAUGUGACUGUCUUCGGCAGCACCAGUGGCUCAGUGCGCUCCACCAGCCCUAAUACACAAACCACACAGCCCAUCAUCAGCCAGCAGCAGAGUCAAGCCACUGCAUUUGUCCAGCCCACUCAACAGCAAGCUAGUCAGGAGGCAGCUGCAACCAUUAUGGAAGCAGUACAUAGCUCACAAAUGGAGAGGCCAUCCACCUCCACUGCUGUCUUCGGCACAGUGUCAGCGACGACAUGCUCGUCUGUGCCCAAACGUGUGCGUGAGGAGGAGCAGGAGAGCUCAUCCACUGAGGUGACUGACACCACACAGGAGGAUCCUGCCCACCCCCCCAUCGCUAAGAAGCUCCGCAUCGUAAGGAGAGUGGGCCUGGAGGAUGCUUCAGGCACUGAGGAGAGUAAUGACGCUAUAGGUGAAACUUCAGCAGAAGUCCAUCAGCCUCCAGAUGCUAGUGAGCAGGAAGGCUAUCCUGUUUUAGGAAAGGCAGAUGAAGAGUCUUUGUCUCAGUCUGUCCCGAUGGAUCAGGUGAGUGAGUCCCAGCCCUCCGAGUCUCAGAUCAGUGGACAGGACUCCUCUGAGGAUUAUAAACAGGACGUCAUUGUGAUAGAGACAGACAGUGGUACUGAGGAGGAAGAAGAGGAGCAAGAGGAGCCUGGUCAGUAUGAAGAUGAUGAUGAUGCAGAAGAUGAUGAGGAUGAUGAAGAUGGUGAUGAAGGGAUGGCAGAAGCAGCAGAGGACUGUAAUGAAGGCGGCGGCCAUGGAGAUGCCAAUGAGGCCUAUGAGGCUGAGGAUGGUGGGGCAGCAGAUCCAGGCAUUGACAAUGAAGAGAGUCAAGAAGCAUCUGAUUCUAUCCAGAAGCAAGCAGACUCUCAGAGCAGUGGUGAAGCUAGCGUCAGCACUAUGGUGCUAUUACCUGCUGCUGAGCCCGUGAGAGAGCAGCAGCCCGUCCCCAGCACCACCACCACCUCACUGGGCCCACGCCUGCCCCAGUCCCCCCGCAGAUCACAUCACACCCCACCCCCACGUCUCAAUAUCCACCCCAUCCCUGAGCUUGGGCCCCCAAUCAUGCAGAGGCAGUCCGGACAGAGCAGACGCCCAUCAAUGAGUCGUGUUCCCCAGCUCACGCCUGGAAUCGGAAGCAUGCAACACUUCUUUGAUGAUGAUGACAGGAUGGUUCCCAGCACACCCACCCUUGUGGUGCCACACCGCACAGAUGGCUUUGCAGAGGCCAUUCAUUCCCCUCAGGUAGCUGGAGUCCCUCGCUUCCGUUUCGGCCCUCCUGAGGAUAUGAUGCCCCAGGCCAGCUCUUCUCACUCUGACCUGAGCCAUCUGGCCACACAUGGAGGUUUGGGCAUGUAUGAGAGUCCUCUUUUCUUACCUUCUCAUGAUGAUGAGUCUGGAGGCAGGAGUGUCCCCACCACCCCUCUACAGGUGGCAGCUCCAGUGACUGUAUUCACAGAGAGCCACCCAUCUGAUGUAGUAGAGACAGCAUCUCAGUCUGUUCCAAUGGUGAGCACAUCCACAGCCAGUCUGACUGCCCCAGGGGAAGCUGUCACAGGAGAUGACGGAGAUGACGUGUUUGUGGCAGAGGCUGAGAGUGAAGGGACUAGUGGUGAGGCAUGUCUAGAGAGCCAGUCGGAGAUGGAAUCGGCACAGCCGUCCGAUGAUGCCAGCCUACCCUCCACUAGCCAAGAGCCCACGUCCAGCUCUGCGGAUACUUGCACCACCAGUACUGGACAGACUAAACCUGCAAGUCGGCUCCUCCCCCAGCACCAGCAGUCCAGUAGGAGCCAGCUCAUCCGAAGAGGUAUGGUUUUUUCUCGAGCAGGUCGGGGUCGAGGACUCAACAGAGGCACUCCCAUCUAAAUCUACCUGCCUUUACAGCAUCUGGCCAGCAGAAACUCUGAUCAAACACCCAUUAUCCACUCUUUAGAGUAUCUGAGAUCUGUUUACUGC